AUGUUCACUCCCACUACGAUUCCUUACCACGAUCAUUGGUUCCCCUCGGACAUCCCUCAUGCAGUAAACCUCACGAGUGGCCUACCUCACGGCCAAGAUACUGAUAUCCUCCUUCUCCGAUGCGGAGAUGUCCGGAGCAUCUUGUUCACAGCUUACUCUGAGCAAGGUCUUCCACCUCGAAGGCUUGACAUCACAUGUGUUCACGUCGAGCCGGCUCUACAAGCACGAAAUAUCUUUCUAUAUAAUACCGCCCUAGUUGACGGCGUCGACAUAGAAAGAGUGUGGGAUAUCUAUUUUCACGCCCACAUCGAUGAAGACACAAAGAAAAUUGUUGAGGAGCAGGCAAAAAAGGGCAAAUACGGGCCCAUCCUGCCAUUCUGGGACGCAGCCUCGCUCCGGCAAGUGAGGGAGACCUGGGCAAAUUCAAAGGACAUCUCAUGCAGUCAGGGUCUCGCGAAAGAUAUUUGUAGAGAGAAAAUAAUCGUUGCGGGUAUUAAUUCCACAGCCCCAUUGUCCUUUGCAUCAAGAGACGGGGUUACUUCAUCCUGCGAACACUCCUGGGAGUGCGGUCACCUCAGUAAGCAGCCGGCCACACUUCCAAACCCCACAGAUCCCAUUUCAGGAUUUCAUACAGCAACUGCGUUCGCAAAAUUGGCGCCAGGCUCCCCGCUCAGUUUCAACGCGGGCAAAGAUGGCGGCGAAACCGUUCACGUUGUCCAGGCAGGGAAGAAUCAAUUUCGAGAAUGGGCGGCAUCAUUCCAGAAGGCAUUGGGUGGGCGUAUCAUACUCAGGUUCGCCGUCUCGGAUGGCCUACGAUUUGCUCACGCCCUCCAAACUAUUUCGUCUUUAGGAGGUACUAGGCCGAGCCUCCACCACCGACAGCCGGACAUAACGCCAAUCCAAUUUGAUACCGGAGCCUCCAAGGCCAAAACCCCAGCACCUGUGAGGUUCGACUUAAUUGAUACAUCGGGUCUGAACUACCGUGUUGGCGCGUUGAAUGUAUUGGUCGCGACCGGGCCAUUGUUGAAACUAUCGGAGAAAGCGACUCAGAAACUCCCUUUGGACGCAUUCCUCGGCGGGCAUGCGCCAACUGUAUCUCUACUACUAGGCCUCGUUCCGAUCGACUACUGGACCAAUGCGACGUCUGUGUCUUGCACACACGAAGUCCUGAGAAAUGCUAUAAUCGCAAGCUCGACAUGGCCUCUCCGCUCUAACUCCCGGUUGCCUUGGAAGCUGAGCACGACUUUUCUACGGAAACAAGGCAGCUCCGAGAGCCUUUUUGUUGAGCCGGGAGCACUUGCGGGAUCCACCUUUCAUAUCUUCACAAAGAUGUUUAAGGAUGAGAAGGUCACAACUCGGUUAAGCUCCGGCCUCGGAGAGUUUACAGGCGAGUUAACGGACACUAUGUACCCGCGAUCCCACCGAGGAAGUUUCGCUGCGCUACUGAAGCGUGUCGAAGAAAAUAUCUCUACCGACUGGCCGAAUUUCUGGGAGCAGCUAUUGAGAAUGAUAGACCGGGACAGCGAAGACAUGACAACUUGGCUGGAGGCUGAUGUCAUGCCUAUACCUGGCGAAGGCCGUUUUCACGCUUGGAGACACAUCCCUGAAGUGGUCUGCCUGACAGUCACCGUGCCAAGGCAGCACAUUGACUCCAUAUAUGGGACCGACCUGACAAAGAUGAAUGUGCCGCCAGCUCUCGAAGGUCAACUCAGAUCGAGUGGACUCGACGAUUCACAAAAAUUAUUUUCCAGUGUAGACGUCGUUUUCGGGCAUGUUGACACGUCUGGAGACCGCAUAUCCGAAGAUUUCUCGAUAACGGUCCGCCAAGAUCCUCUGAGUUGGAAAGGAGCCUCGCCCGUAGUGGUUUCGUACUAUGUCCCGUCGAGCGCACUGCAAGCUGAACCGGAUGGCGUAGAAGUUGGGCUCUGUAUUCGGAAUACCAUCAAGAAUAAGUAUACGCUUAAGGACCACAUACCCACGAUGGACAUCUACAUGACGAACCUUAGCAAUGAAUCACACGUUUUCGUCACUAAGCAUGCGCCCGGGAUGUCUAACCGCUCCUUUACGAGCAAUCAGAUAGACGGCGAUACCGCGAAUAGUGGCAAUACGAUAGACACUCCCCAAACAAACGUACCGGCUGCUAUACGGUUUACCGUGAACUUGGAAGGCGACGAGAUUAAGUCUCUGUGUGCACGUGUCAGUUUCUCGUCACAGAAAGACAAGGCGCUAUUAACAGAGCGUUUGCCCAUGAAAUUAGAGCAAUCCUCGCCGUUUUCGAUGGAUAUCAUAUUUGGAGGAAAAAGUACUGUCGUUUACCCAGUCUCAUUCCCGGCUCCCGUUCUCAAGGAAACCGCUCGAACGCGUAUUGCGCGCACGUCGGGUUACGUCGAGAUCACUGCACUUGUGCCGGACCCUCUGGCAUCGGAGCUCUCGUCAUCAUUCAUUUACCCCACUAUGCUCGGGAAAGACUCCGUCCCUAUCUUGCUCAACAGCCAACACGUCAACUUGGACUCUUUGCCGGUUCUCAACGUAGAUCGAGUUCACAAGAAAGCCAACGCAUGGUUGUGUACACUGGCCUCAUACCAAUUCUCCGCCCGCGAGCGGCGAAUGCGGGACUUGAGCAUGCCGGACCAAGGCAUCUCAAAUUCGGUACGCCUCGACUUCGAAGAGUCCCCUUUUACCAUAUUCAUGCUGGCGUCGGGUCUUCAAGGCGUACAAAUAGGCCUUUUUGCUCUCAGGUAUCCCCCAGACGGAAAUCAGAUCCUGAUUUUCGUCCGUGCGAUCCGGCUCAACGGGGCUGAGAGCUCCGUCGUAGCAGACGCCGUAGCUAUCUCCGUCACGAGGCAGCUCAUCGACUCCGGAGAGCUCGCAGAAUUUCCCCUCAUCCUUCGAGAGUUGGAGAUGUGCGUCGUUGACAUCAUAUGUAGUUGCGGCAACGGGAAAUUUGCAGAGCGGUUUGUGAGCAUACCGGGGUGGGAAAAUGUUUCCCAGUACGCGGUGCGCCUCGCGAUUAGCCCGACGUUCGCUGUGCCCUUCAUCGAGGAUGUCGUGGACGGCAAGGGUGGUGGGCGGCUGUUAAAGUGCACGAGGUGCAAGGAAGCCAUGUACUGUUCUCCAGAGUGUCAGCGCAAAGAUUGGAAGAAGCAUCGUAUGGAAUGCGAACCUAGCGACGCGACAGCAGGAUGA